AAGAAGAGAAGAAAAAUCUGAAGGGCCUAAAUUCUGCGGUCAGAGAAACCAAUGCCCAAUCUCUCUACUUGAAAAUAUCCGAACUUCACUUUGUCCAAAUUCGCUAACUCUCCUUCUCUCUCUCUCUCGAAGCAGAUAUUUUAGGUAAGCAGAUGCCUUCUUCUCUAUCUUUACGUUUUCAUGCUCUUUCAAAGAAAAUGCGAAGUGACCAAUCUCUGAUUACUCUCUAUUGAUUCUCGGUUUGUUGGCAGUUACCCUCUAAUGACUGUUUUAAUACUUUGCUCGAUGUCUGCUUGCUGUAAUAGUCUCAAUUAUAGUUGUGUUUUAGUUGAUAGUAAAGUCUCCGCUUUUAGCCAUAAAAAUGUUUCCUUUGGAGGUAGAAAGAUUGGGAAGUUUAAGGUUUUUCCAGAUGGAUAUAUGGUGUCUUGGAAGAAACGGAGAAAACAGCAAUUGAGAUUCUACGUGAUGAAAAAUUCAUGUGAAAUGGUGUUGGCAAAUGGGAAGUGCAGAAAUAGCUUGUCUUCCAAUGAAGUUUCAAGGGUUCUCAAGUCGAUUUCGGACCCAAAAUCUGCUUUUUCUUACUUUGAGUCAGUUGCAGAGUUGCCCAAUGUUGUUCACACCACAGAAACUUGUAAUCAUAUGCUUGAAGUCUUGAGAGUUCAUAGAAUGGUGGGAGAAAUGCGUUUUGUAUUUGAAUUUAUGCAAAAGCAAAUCAUCAGGAGGGAUUUGAAUACAUACUUGACUGUUUUUAAGGGUCUUGAUAUCAGAGGUGGGCUUCGGCAAGCACCAUUUGGACUUGAAAGAAUGAGGGAUGCAGGGAUUGUUCUGAACGCAUAUUCAUAUAAUGGAUUGAUCCAUUUGCUACUUCAAUCUGGGUUAGUAAGGGAGGCUCUACAGAUUUAUAGAAGAAUGGUCUCCGAAGGUCUAAAGCCUAGUCUUAAAACUUACUCAGCUCUCAUGGUAGCUUCUGGGAAGAGAAGAGAUAUUGGAACGGUUAUGGAUUUGCUAGAAGAGAUGGAAUCUCUGGGAUUGAAGCCAAACGUUUACACUUUUACAAUAUGCAUUAGAGUGCUUGGUAGGGCUGGGAAAAUUGAUGAGGCAUUUGGGAUUUUGAAGAGAAUGGAUGAUCUGGGGUGUGGACCUGAUGUUGUUACUUAUACUGUUCUCAUUGAUGCUCUUUGUAAUACUGGGAGACUUGGUCAAGCCAAGGAAAUAUUCCUAAAGAUGAAAGCUAGCAGCCAUAAACCUGACAGAGUAACCUACAUUACUUUGUUGGACAAGUUUAGUGACUCUGGGGACGUGGACUUGGUGAAAGAAUUUUGGAAUGAAAUGAAAGCUGAUGGUUAUGCUCCUGAUGUGGUUACUUGCACCAUACUUAUCGAUGCUUUCUGCAAAGUUGGAAAUUUAGAUGAAGCUUUUGAUAUGUUGGAGGUCAUGAGGGAGCAAGGGGUCUCCCCCAAUCUUCAUACUUACAACACAUUAAUCUGUGGACUAUUGAGGCUAAAUAGGGUUGGUGAGGCUUUGGAACUUUUUACUAAUCUGGAAUCUCUAGGCAUUAAACCUACUGCUUUUACUUACAUACUUUUCAUUAACUAUUAUGGAAAGUCUGGUGACCAUGGUGAAGCUCUCAAGACCUUCAAGAAGAUGAAGGCUAGAGGAAUUGUUCCUAAUGUUAUUGCUUGCAAUGCAUCUUUGUAUAGUCUUGCUCAAGCAGGGAGGCUUAGUGAAGCAAAAGCUAUUUUCAAUGAGCUUAAAAGUAGCGGGCUUGCUCCAGAUUCAGUUACCUACAACAUGAUGGUGAAGUGCUACAGUAAAGUUGGGCAAGUAGAUGAUGCCAUCAAGUUACUCUCUGAGAUGUUGGAAAAUCAGUGUGAGCCUGAUGUAAUGAUCAUUAAUUCCUUGAUUGACAUGCUUUUCAAGGCCGGACGAGUGGAUGAGGCAUGGGUAAUGUUUCAUAAAAUGAAGGAAAUGGCGCUUGUCCCUUCUGUUGUGACCUACAACACAUUAAUAUCUGGAUUAGGGAAAGAAGGUCAAGUCAAAAAGGCAAUUGAAUUGUUCGAGAGUAUGACCAGACAUGGGUGUCGCCCUAACACAAUAACUUUCAACAUCCUGUUGGAUUGCCUUUGCAAGAACGAUGAGGUUGAUUUGGCUUUGAAAAUGCUGUACAAAAUGACACCAGGGAACUGUGCUCCUGAUGUUCUGACUUAUAACACUAUCAUUUAUGGCUUUAUUAAAGCAAACAGAGUUAAGGAUGCAAUUUGGGUCUUUCAUCAGAUGAAGAAGUUGCUUUACCCUGACUAUGUGACUUUGUGCACCCUUCUUCCUGGUGUUGUUAAGGAUGGGCAGCUUAUGGAUGCCUUCAAGAUUGCUCAGGACUUUAUUCAUCAAGAUGGGAUUGAUACAAACGGGUCAUUUUGGGAAGAUUUAAUGAGUGGGAUCUUGACGGAAGCUGGAAUGGAUAAAGCUGUACGAUUUGCUGAGACAUUGGCAUCCAAUAAGAUCUGUAAGGAUGAGUCUAUUUUGUUGCCUCUAAUUAGAAAUCUGUGUAGGCAUAAAAAAGCUGUUUUUGCCAGAGAAUUGUUUGCAAAUUUCACAAAAAAUAUGGGGGUUAUCGCAACACCAACAGCAUAUAAUUUGUUAAUCGAUGGACUACUUGACGUCCAUAUCACUGAAAUGGCUUGGGAACUUUUUGAAGAGAUGAAGAGCAUUGGUUGUUCUCCGGAUAUUUCCACCUAUAACUUGUUGAUUGAUGCUUGUGGGAAGUCUGGUCAAACUGAUAAACUCUUUGAAGUGUAUGAAGAGAUGACUUUUCGUGGAUGUAAGCCUAAUACUAUAACUCACAAUAUAGUCCUCUCUGGUCUUGCAAAAUCGAACAACAUAGAGAAGGCUAUGAAUAUGUAUUAUGAUCUCAUAAGUGGUGAUUUCCGUCCAACUCCCUGUACAUAUGGGCCUCUUAUAGAUGGACUUCUUAAAUUGGGAAGACUGGAGGAUGCAAAGCAAUUGUUUGAGGAGAUGGAAGAAUAUGGAUGCAAAGCUAAUUGCGCUAUUUAUAAUAUUCUUAUAAAUGGAUAUGGAAAAGCUGGUGAUGUAGAUACCGCUUGUGACUUAUUUAAAAGGAUGGCUAAAGAGGGGAUAAGACCAGACUUGAAGUCCUACACCAUUCUUGUGGAUUGCCUCUGUUUGGUCGGAAGAGUUGAUGAUGCAUUGCACUAUUUUGAGGAAAUGAAGUUAACUGGCCUUGAUCCAGACUUGGUAUCUUAUAACCUUAUGCUUAAUGGGCUUGGGAAGUCAGGUAGGAUAGAGGAAGCUCUCUCUCUUUUUGAUGAAAUGCGGAAUAGGGGUAUAACUCCUGAUCUUUACACUUACAAUUCCUUAAUACUCAAUCUUGGGACUGUUGGAAUGGUGGAGCAGGCAGGAAAGUUUUAUGAAGAACUACAACUUAUGGGUCUUGAACCCAAUGUGUUCACCUAUAAUGCUCUUAUUCGAGGGUACAGUGUGUCUGGAAAUUCAGACCAUGCCUAUGCAGUCUACAAACAGAUGAUGGUUGGGGGCUGCAGCCCAAACAGGGGAACAAUUGCUCAGCUUCCUAAUCAGUCUUGAAUGUUGAAAUAUAUAGAUGCUUAUAUAUGCUACUCAUUAAACCUGGCUGGUGAUCUCCAGUUUACAAGGCUUGGUCAGUCUUGCUGAUGCUUGAACCAGUUCAGAGAGUGGAAUCUAUCUUAGCUGUGGCAGUUGAUGUUUCCUAUUCAAGUUUCAACGAGACUGAAUACUUCAUGUACAUCAUUUACGUGAGAUAUUAUGAUGUAAUACUAUGGUUUUAGUACGUGUAGAUGCCAUACAGAAUCUUUCAUGUCCUUUGCCUUUGGCUUGCAUUGUGCCAUCCUUCUUCAUGUAAAAAGAAAAAGAAAAUUUUAUAUCAUGCUGUAUUAUUUGUGCAAUAUGUAUAUGAAAAAUAUCAGUAGUUUCCUCAUGCCCAA